AUGUCCGGACGCCUAAGCCCAGCCUUCACUCGCCCUCCUCCUCUACAGCCAACCUCAGUCAUUCGCGUCUUCAGCCCGGCUGGGUCGAUUGGCGAUGAGAGCCUCCGAGAUGGCCGAGCGUACCUCGAAGCCCAGGGCUACAGGGUAGACCAGCCGGCUACGGUGCUCGAACGAUACAACUAUUUUGCGGGAUCCAAAACAUCCCGGGCAAGAGAGCUGUAUGAUGCUGUCCUGAAGCAGGAGGAGGGCUGCGACAGUGUCAUUUGGGCGGCCCGUGGAGGAUACGGAUCGUCGCAAAUGAUCGAGGAAGGCAUGACGGCACAGAUGCUGGAUGAUCUGGAGCAGGAACUGGCACAGAACCCCAAGUGGCUGGUGGGAUACUCGGACAUUACAGUGAUCAGUCUACGCUUGUGGGCGAAGGCGAGAGUCCUGGUGCUGCAUGGGCCGAUGGUGUUCAAUGUGGCCGAGUACUGCCCGGCGGCUUUGCGGGACAUGUGGACGAUCCUCACGGGCACCGAGCCACAUACCCAGGUGUUCGAGGGCGACAUUCGGUACGGCUCAGGCCUGGCUGGCAGCUCCGGCACAUUGGCGAGAGGGACGCUGUUGGGAGGCAACCUCCAAGUGCUGGCGUCGUUGGUUGGGGCCAAGGACCAAGGAGGACAAGAUCUGCUGCCGUCGUUUGAUGGCUGUAUCUUGUUGUUGGAGGAGGUUGGCGAUGCCGCAUACCGGAUCCAUCGCUCCCUCCGCGCCCUCCUUCGUGCGCCUGGCUUCCAAUCGCUGGCCGGAAUAGCCCUGGGUCAACUGACCUCCGCGAACAACUAUGCACGCGGCAAGUAUGACCAGUACGAGGUUCUCCACGAAUUGCUGGAACCUCUCGGGAUCCCCGUCAUCACGGCGUUGGAGAUCGGGCACGAAGCUGCCACCGCCUGGCCCAUAGUGCUCGGUGCCGACGCCGAGAUUCAUGUGAGCGGCGAGCUGAGGGUGUUUGUGCCGGGCUGCGCUUAG